AUGGGUUUAGAAGAAGAACAAAAUAAUAAUAAUAAUAAUAAUAAUAAUAAUAAUAAUAAUAAUAAUAAUAAUAAUAAUAAUAAUAACAAUAAUACCUCCACUAUUAAUAAUAAUAGUGCAAACACCACGCCAUUAUUAGAGAAAAGACCAAAUAACUCAACAAUAACAAACAUUGAAAUUGAUGAGCAACCAACAUAUCAACCUAUAAAUUUAAGUAAAGAAACUGACGUACCACAAUAUACAACAAAUCCUUAUUCACCACAACCGGGUCAAUAUGGACAAAUUGAAUUCAUUCAACAACAACAACAACAACAACAACAACAACAACAACAACAACAACAAUAUUAUCAACAACAACAAUAUCCUCAACAAUAUGACCAACAAUACUAUCAACAACAGCAAGAAUAUUAUCAAACACAACCAACACAAGCAAUUUUAAAUGGAAUUUUACCAACAACCACUACAACCACUACUACUACAACAUCAUCAUCAUCAUCACAAUAUUUAAUUGAACCAAUGUUAAUGAUACCAACAGGAGCAAUUGCAACUUUUGAUAUGAAUAUGAAUUCAAAAGCAACAAUCAAUUUCGAUUCUAUUUGUGUACCAGAUACAUGUACAUUCUAUUGUAGUAGUCCAAUUGGUAAGGGAAGAUUAAAGGUUAGAAUUAUUUCAGCAGGUAAUUUAAUUGCGGCUGAUAUUGGUGGUACGUCAGACCCAUAUGUUAAAAUUAAAUCAUCAUGUUUGAAAUCAUUUAAAGCAACAAGAAUCGUUGAUAAAUGUUUAAAUCCAGUUUGGGAGGAAACUUUAGCAGUGGAAAUAGAUUGUGUGGAGAGGGAAUUACUCAUGUUUGACAUCUACGAUCAUGAUGUGGUUGGUUGUGACGAUUUGUUGGGCUAUGUGGGUAUUGACGUCUCAAAAUUACCAUUAGGUAUUGAAGUUGUGACCAAUGAGAAUCUAUCAUUUGCAAAACAUGGUACUUUGAAAAUUGCAUUGACAGCAUUAGACUUUGGCUUGACCAAUUUACCUCAAAAUUAUUUAACAACUUAUCAAGAAUGGAGAUCUCACACUUUGGGUGGUAUCACUAAAAAACAUUUCAAAUCAAUUAAAAAGAGUUCAAAGAUUGGUCCAUACGUUAGUAAAUUAACUCAUCCUCACGAUUAUAAAUUAGUUAAUGGUUUCGUUAAAAGAAGAAAAACUAGACGUGAAAAAACUGCUGAUGGCAUCAUUACAGGUUUAAAAGUUGCCGGUGUUGUUGCUUUAGUCGCUAUCUCUUCUUAA